AUGGUGGACGAGACUAUCACGAAUUUGGACGAGGCGGCGGUCGGUGGUGUGGUGGACGAGGUGGCGGACGUGGAAUUCGCGGAGGAAGUGGAGGCUGGGGAGGAGAUCGAGGUGUCUCGAGCACAUCCGAUGGAACAACGACUUCAAGUGUUCAAGUCAAGCAAUUCUCAAUUCGAUUUGCUCUCGCAAGGCGAAGCUGCCGAUCGAUUUGCUCCAAUUGUGUACACAGAGAAGAUUCAUCCACGGAUUGAGCCAGCUAACCGAACUGGAAUGGAAGUGGUGAAGCUUGCAACAAACAUCUUUCCAAUUCGUACCGAUCCAAAUCGUGAGGUCUCCCGCUACGACGAGAAGCAAAGGAUAUUCGUAUCACCAUUCGCCCUUGCACUGAUUCAGCUCAUCACUUCACUAUUGGAGAUGCGGAAGCGAAGAUUGCCAACGGAGAAAGGAAUCCGCUUCAUUGAAGGCGCCGAGUACAAGGAAACCACGCCAGAUGCUCGAUUAGUGGCGGCCCUUGUAUUGGAUGCGAAGAUUGGAACUUUUUACAAGGCGAACGGACUUGGUGAAACAAUUGCUCAACUGAACAAAUGGGAAGGCGUUCAUCAAGUUCAAUGGGAUCCGGGGAUCAAAAAUCAUCUCGACGAGCUUGAUCUUUCAAGGAACUCUCCAAUUAUGGCUGGAUUUGGCAUCUCUGUUGAUUCAAAGCCUUUGCAAGUUACUGGCUUCCGUCGACCUGCUCCGAAAGUUCAAUAUGGCGCAUCGAGAUCUGUGCCUACAGAUUUAAAGAAAGCUGGCUGGAAACAGGGAAAAGAAACUUACACUGAGGGCGCUGUUGUGGACAAGCGUUACAUUGCAUGGAAUGAAAACCCACAAGUUCUACCACAAAUUCAAGCUGAAUCGACUGACUACGCAAAGCUUCGUUUCAUCGUCAACCUUUUCAUCGGCUUUUUCCUUUCAAUUGGUUCAUAUUAUCUCGUCUGGAAAAAUAUCAACUUUGCCAUCGAAUAUCACAAAGUGUCGUCAAUCAUUCUAAAAUGGAUUGUAAUCAUCGGAAACACGCUAGCUUUUGCCUACAGCAAGUCGUAUCGUUGUGGACUAUGGAUCUUUGUCCUAGGCGUUUUUGGCACAAGUGGACAAACCCUAUUGAGCAUCUUUGUGUUCGACAAUGUUCGCGCUGGUCCAAUCGACAACAUCAUCACGAAUUUCAAGAUUGCCACCGACAAUGUGGUUUGCGGAGUGAAAAUCUCGACGGAGUUGGCGUCUGCACGAAGGAAGACACUGAUUGGACCUAUGCGUGAGACGCUGAAAGACACGCUGACCAAAAUUCUCGAGUUGAAGGGAGAUUUUUCGUUCGUUGAUCAGAAAGAAGUAAAAGAAAGUGAUGAUGAAAAGUUGGAUCGAAUGAUUGAUCAAUCGGCUUUGGAUUUGGCACAACGAACAAACAUGUUAAAUGAGGAUAAUCGAACGGUCACUUUUCGCAAGCCAUUUUACACGAAAUUCAAGGAAAAGUUUGUACGUGAUAUGGGCAAAAAGAUGAAGCAGCAAUGCACGCAAAUUUUCGAUAAAGGGAGUCUCAUCUGUUCACAAGCUUUUGCUGCAUUAAAAGAACAAUGUCAACAACAAGCGCCGUUCUUGUUGAGCACUUUGAUUUGCAAGCCGCUUGACGCUUUGGAUAUUUGUGAGGAUGAUAAACGAAAAGAACAAGGCUACGACGUAUGCAAUAGUGUGCUAGGAAAAAAUUCGCCACAAGAUUUGAAACAAGAAAGCAUCGAUAGGCGUAGCAUUUCAAAGCAAAUUGCUGAAGAAAUGGAGACAAAGAUUCGAGUGGUAAAUGUGGAGGCACCGAGAGUUGCAUCAGCUCUUCACAUAAAAACCCUGGAAGCAAGAAUUCUUCAUCUGAUGCGAUUAGCAAAGGAAGUUGUCAAAUCUUUGCAAAGUGUUCUCGCCGCCCUUCUCGUUUUGGUCAUAUAUCUCGAUUUUGACAAAGCUUUCAAGAUGUCUGAUGCGUACACGAAUGAUUUGGGCUUCGAAAAUCGGAGUAUUACCUCUGCUUUCGGUAAAAUUGAUAAUGAGAGGGAAACAAGAAAUCAAAAGACUCUUCCAUUUAUUGGAAAGUUAUCGAGCUUGGAGAAGCGGCAGUUAGGGAUUACCAGCCAAUAUUUCAGGUUUCCAAAAUGGAAAGAAUUAAAACAAUUCUGGUUACCCGUUUCGAAAUUUGUGACUCUUUGUGUGGUGGUGAUAAUAAUUGUAGCCGUUGAUCAUUUGCUUUAUCGGGCGAUCAAUGCCAUAGUUGACGGGGUCCCGAAAGGCAUCAAAAGCAUACAACUACCGACACUUCAUUUAAACGUGACGGGCGUGGGGAUCUUCCCGAAAAUGCUGCGGAAACUCUUCCAGCUUAAAAACGAAACUGUUCAACCGAUUUUCGUUUUGGAUGAUUGCUUGUUAAAGCCAUCUCUACCCGAUUAUGACAUUUAUGUGGGUACGAUUUUUCUUCCAUUGCUUUUCAUGUUCUUUUCCCAGAUUUUGCUUGCAUUUUUGCCAAAACGAGUGAUCUUAUUCUGCUUCUUGCCCUAUAUGUUUCCCCGAAAAGCCCGUGCUCGUGUGAUUUGGCUCUACAACUUGUGUUUGAAACAUCGUUUGAUUGCUCGUGAAGAGGCUCGUCGACGCAUUGCUUUCUUCGUCAAAUGGCGAAAAGAACGAAAAGAAGAGAAAGAUGAGGAAGAUGAGGACGAUGAUGAUUUGUACUUCUGUUUCGCGAAAAACUCAUUGAUACGCCGCGUGAUCGUCGACAAUUUGUACAGGCCAUUUGAGUGUUUCUUAUGUCAAACAUAUCUUCGCGCGUGGCAAACACACAAAUGUGAACAAUGCCCUGCCACAUAUUGCAAAUUGUGUUGGACAGAGCUGACGGAGAAAUGCUACGCUUGUCAGGUGGAACACCAAGAAGCUGCGAUCGACCCG